AUGGCAGUAGCAUUUAUCGUCAUCUACAUUAUAACAAUCUGCGGAUCCAUGAUCUACCUCGGUGCCAUGACAUACUUCAAACUAUCCGAAUAUCAAAUUGCCAGAAGUGACCGAAUGCUGAAAUUACAGAGGCAACUAUGGAUAGCACUUAUUGUUCAGACCGUCAACCCAAUUCUCUUCAUGUACCUCCCAAUCCUCAUUAUGUACAUCGUCCCAAUAUUCCGUAUCUCCUUUGGCCCCUAUGCCAACCUGAACAUGAUCGCCUUUGCUAUCUACCCACCACUCGACCAAAUUUUUAUAAUCUACAUAAUCAAGGAUUUCCGACAAUGCGUCAAAAAAAUCUUCUGCGAUGUUGUGCGUCGAACAAGGAAGGGACCAGUGAACAACAACAUCAAAAACAACCACACAGAUACAACUGGGCUCCACAAAUUGUGA